AAACACCCUAAUUAGCCCCCUUACGAAAUUGAAAGCAACCCCGAGAAAAAGAGUAUAGUUGAGACGCAUUGAGGGAGGCUGUGAGAGGAACUAAAACGUUGAACUUUCACCGGCAGCCGCAAUUACUGGUACAAUUCUCUUCCGCCGAUCGAAAGCUUUCUUUCCGUAUCAGGGAUGGAGAAAGACACUUCCUUUUUGUUUUCUGGCAUCCGUUUCGAUAAAAAGAAGUUUGCAAACGAUUUUUCCCGCUUCAAGGAGAAAAAGCAAAGCAAUGAUGGUGGUCCAACGGAUGAAUUCGAUAGUGGAGAUUUCGAACCAGUAGAUGUUGCUGUCUCUGCUAGGAAGAGAAAGCGAAAAGAUGUGACCUCUUCAGAAAUUGUGGAGGGAUUUAGUGUCUUUAAGAGUUCAAAGUCGGUAUCUUUAUCAAUCGAUGAACAGAACAAUCAAGAGGAAAAAAAUGAAAAAUCCAGAAUGAAGAAGAAGGAAUUAAAUAAGCAAAUUGAGCAAGAUGCAAUUUUAAGGAAAAAAUACCGCAUUCAUGUCUCUGGGAGUAAUGUUCCAUCGCCACUCCAAAAUUUUGCCGAGUUAGGCUUGAGAUAUGGGUGCGAGUCAUAUUUAUUAAACAAUUUGGCUGAACUUGGAUUUAAGGAGCCAACACCCAUCCAAAGGCAGGCUAUUCCAGCCCUCCUAUCUGGCCGAGAAUGCUUCGCUUGUGCUCCAACUGGAUCUGGAAAAACCUUGGCUUUUGUGUGUCCCAUGCUCAUGAAACUUAAGCUUGCGUCAAAAGAUGGGAUUAGAGCUCUUAUAUUGUGUCCUACAAGAGAAUUAGUUGCUCAAACAACGAGGGAGUGUAAAAGAAUGGCUAAAGGGAAUAAAUUUCGUAUUAAGCCAUUGACCAAAGAACUAGUAAGAAGUGCCAAUUCUUCAAAGUUGCUUUGUGAUAUUCUUAUAUCAACGCCACUUCGGCUGCAGUUAGCUAUCCGCAAGAAAAAGGUUGACUUAAGCAGGGUUGAGUAUCUCGUUCUUGAUGAAUCAGAUAAGCUAUUUGAACUUGGCUUGUUAAAGCAGAUUGAUACCGUGGUCAAAGCAUGCUCGAAUCCUUCAGUAAUACGUUCACUGUUCAGUGCCACUUUACCUGAUUUUGUUGAGGAGCUUGCACGGACAAUAAUGCAUGAUGCUGUUCGAAUAAUUGUUGGCAGGAAGAAUACUGCUUCUGAAACAAUCAACCAAAAGUUGGUUUAUGCUGGAAGUGAAGAAGGGAAACUCAUUGCUCUUCGUCAAAGCUUUGCCGAGUGUCUGAACCCACCAGUGUUGAUAUUUGUUCAAAACAAGGAGCGAGCAAAUGAACUAUAUGGGGAAUUAAAAUGUGACAGUAUUAGAGUUGGUGUCAUCCAUUCUGAUUUGCCCCAAAAACAGCGUGAAAAUGCUGUUGAUGACUUCCGAGCUGGCAAAAUAUGGGUCUUAAUUGCUACCGAUGUUGUUGCCCGGGGUUUGGAUUUCAAAGGAGUCAAUUGUGUGGUUAAUUACGAUUUCCCAGAUUCUUCUGCUGCAUAUAUCCAUAGGAUUGGUCGGUCUGGUAGAGCUGGGAGGAUUGGAGAAGCUAUUACUUUCUAUACAGAAGAUGAUGUUCCAGUUCUACGAAACAUAGCUAAUGCAAUGGCAGCUUCUGGCUGUGAGGUCCCGUCUUGGAUCAUGGCUUUGCGCAAAUUGAGGUGGAAGAAGCACCGUCCAGAAAGAGAGUCAAUUUCAACAAAACUGCAAGAUGAGGAGUAAAAUAACGAUUAGAGAGCAAAAAAUUUGUAUGAUAUUAUCUUUCAAGAUUUUUUUUGAAGAUUUCAAAAUAGUAUCCACAUGUAUUUGACAUUAACUGAUUUCUAUUUGAGCAAGGACUUCGUCUCGCCGUGCAUAAGCUGUACGAAAAUACUUUCAACCAUAAGAAUUAAAAAUAAAAAGUCUUUCAUAUUGGUCAAAA